AGGGCGUAUCCACUAUGGCAUUUUUCAACUGUUUCUCUCGAAAAGCAAAGACAUCUGCAACUAAGGCCAAACAUUCCAGAGGUACUCCAUCUAUUCAUCGAGACUUUCCUGGCUUUUCAGCUCGUCCAUGCUACCCACUGUCUUGUAUCUGCUGUCUGACCCACGACAUGGAUGUGUGGAGCUGCAGCUUUGCACCCUACGAUGACUCCGUAUUGGUAGCAUGCGGCGACGGUCUAAUCGGUUUUUGGAACUUGACAACCCAGUCUCCAAUAAAAGUGAUGAAUGGUGAACCAGGAUUCUCCACCGCCUCGUUCUCUCCCGACGGUCAAAACCUCGCUUUCGCUUUCGGUGAUAAUCUUGUCCGCGUCACUACCGUUGAACGCGGCACAUCGAAGUCGAAGACGUUGAAGAAAGCGCACGAUUUGGUGUUCGGCAACUUUGUGAGGAGCUGCAUCUACUCUCCUACUCAACCUUCGGAACGUCUCGCUUCGGUGUCGUGGGAUAGCGAAGUGAGAAUUUGGAGUUUGAGCAAGAGAAAGGCGUUAGCUAGCGUUUGCGUCUGUGAUUUUUAUGAAGAACUUGAAGCCAAUAGAUCGUGGUCACACGUAGAGGCUCCGGGAGAUCGCUACCGGCCAGGAGUGUGGAUGCUGACAUACUCUCCUGAUGGAAAUUCACUGGCUGUGGCUUCAUCUUGUGGCACGGUUUAUCUUUUGCAAAGCGAAACGCUGGAGUUAAAGGUGGCGCUUAAGGGUCACGAAGGAGAUGUUUACCACUGUGUUUACAGUCCACGAUGCAGUGAUGUCUUGCUCUCUAGUUCAAAGGAUGGGACUGUGAGGAUCUGGGAUACUGUGUCUGCUACAUGUAAGCGUGUUUAUGAAACGGGAUUUCCCGUCAAAUGCUGUACAUUGUCCAAUGAUGGGAGCAUGCUGGCUGCAGCUGGUGACACAGCCCAAGUGGCUUUGCUAAAUCCUGAAAAUGGUAGCACACUGUUUACACUUGAUCUGGAAGAUGCUGCUUUUAGCAAUUCGGUUUCUUCGUUGGUCUUCACAAGGACCGACCUUCAGUUAGCUGCAUCAUACGGUGACAAAAAAGUUCGAAUAUGGCAACUACCUCGACGUCUCAGUCUAGCUCAUACAGUUCGUCUUUAUGUAAGAAAAAUUGUUCCUGAUGAGAAAAUCAAGUUGUUGCCACUGCCACUUGCUCUGAGGAUGUACCUCAUGUACAAAUUUGAUUCAUUGAGCCAUUGAAGUAUAGUAAUAAGCAGGAACAGCUGUGAUUCGUAUGUGUUGAGACUACAUAGAUUUGAAGUGCAAUGUUGCACCUGGUUUUGAUUUUUAUAUGGAUAUCAUAUGUAUGGGCCUAAUUGUACAGAAAGGAUCUGACGGUCAGUCUUUGUGAAGAUUAGAGACUGGGAUAGACUCUUUAGUUUUUUAGCCACUUUUUGUCUUUCAUGUUUGUAGGAACUAAAUUUUUUUAAUGUAACAAACUAUUUAAUAUUAAUCGUAAACUAUGAUGUUUCCUUGCUCAUUGAGG